GUCUGUAAACAAUUCUAACAUUCCAAUAAAAUAUACUGAAAACUGGCCAAGUGCAUAUCAUUUAAGUAGGAAAUGUUGACCAGACUGUAUUUCAGGUUCAGGUUGUGUUCAUGUGGUUCAGGAAUUUGUAAAACCGUUCUAGCAUAAAAUUAUUUUUCAUUUUGAAGGAUGUGUGGAAUAUGUGCAGUAAUUCAAUUGGAGAAAGAUGUUUCUGUUAAUUAUUUAAAUGAGGAACUGGUGAAUAAAUUAAGACGUAGAGGACCAGAUCAUUUCCAGAAAACUACUGCUACUUAUAAAAAAAUUACCUCUUGCUUUUGCUCUUCAGUUCUGCAUUUAAGAGGAUCUUCCAUUGAAAAACAGCCUUUUAAAAAUGAAAAAGGAGGUAUUCUUAUGUGGAAUGGACAAAUAUUUGAUAAUGACUUUGCUGCUUCAGAAAAUAUGUCUGAUACAAGAGUUUUAGGCGAAAUGCUUUUUAAGUGUGUGAGCAUCACUGAUGUAUUGGAUGUCAUCCAAUGCAUCCGAGGCCCAUAUGCCUUUGUAUUUUAUCAGUCUAAUGGUCUGUUAUGGUUUGGCAGAGAUAUAUUUGGCCGCAGAAGUCUCUUAUGGAAUGCUGAAAAAUUCAUUCUCCGUCUUAGUUCUGUUGCAUAUGGAAAAGCAAAUUGGAGUGAAGUUCCUACAGAAGGGAUUUUCUGCUUAGACUUGAAUGCAAGCUGUGCUAAUGAUAGUUUUAUAAUUUUUAAGUAUCCGUGGACUUCAGCUGUUUCAGGCUUACCUUUAAAAAAAGUGCCUCUUGAGGAAAUGUCUCUAAACAUAAAGUUUGAAAUUAAACUAGAAAUGUGUUUGAUUAAUCCAAUUUCAGUGCAACUGAAUAGAGAAAUACCAGAUGAUGAUGAUGUAAAUUUAGACCUUAAUAUGGUAGAAGAGAAUUGCCAAGCUAAACAGGAAACUCUUUGUAAAUUGUUAAAUAAAACUGCUAUGAUUGAAAUAGUGGAAAGAUUUGAAGAAGUUCUAUCAGAAGCAGUGAGGAAACGUGUUUCUAAUCAGCAGCAUUUAUGUAAAAGCUGCUAUACAUUACUAAAUCCAAAAGAAACUGAAGUAAUCUGUGAUCAUGCCCCCACAGGAAUUUUAUUUUCGGGUGGAUUAGACUCAAUUGUUAUUGCUUGUCUUGCAGAUAGGCAUUUGGAUCAAAAUCAGCCAAUUGAUUUAAUCAAUGUUGCAUUUGCUGCAGCACCAAGUUUGAAAAAUUCAAAGACUGUUUUUGACACACCCGACAGAAUUACUGGAAGAAAUGGUUUCAAAUCAUUGGGAAAUGUUUGUCCAGCAAGGAAAUGGAAUUUUGUUGAAGUUAAUGUGACUAAAGAUGAAUUAAUCUUAAAAAGAAAAGAAACUUUGAGUGAUCUUUUGAAACCAUCAAACACUGUUCUUGAUGAUAGCAUUGGAUGUGCAUUAUGGUUUGCUGCUCAUGGAGAAGGUGUCAUUAGUUCAACUGAAGGCAAUCAUAAUUACAAAUCACCUGCCAGGGUAUUGCUUGUUGGAAUGGGAGCUGAUGAACAGCUUGCUGGUUACUCAAGACAUAGAGGUAAAUUUAGUGUUGCUGGCUGGAGUGGUCUGAUUGAAGAAAUAUCUCUAGAAAUUGAUAGAAUUGGUUCAAGAAAUCUUGGAAGAGAUGACAGAAUAAUUGCAGAUAAUGGUGUUGAAUCUCGUUAUCCAUUCCUAGAUGAAAAUGUUGUUUGUUUCUUAAAUGGUCUUCCAAUUUGGUUCAAGGCCAAUUUAAAUUAUCCCAGAGGAAUUGGAGAAAAGUUGCUUCUGCGACUAUUAGCAUUUAAACUUGGUUUGACAGAAGCUGCCAUGUUGCCAAAGAGAGCUAUUCAGUUUGGUUCAAGAAUAGCUCGAAUCGAAAAUAAUAAAGAAAAAGGGUCAGAUGUAUGUGAUCGUUUGUCAAAUAUAGAAACUUAACUUUUUAUUAAAUGGAAUUUUAUGCAUGAAA